UUUUUAGCUGAGAAAGGGGAAAAAGGGAGAGUGCAAAAAAGAGAAAAGAAAGAAAGAAAGAAAGCAGGCCUCCAGAUCCUUUGCAUCUGGAAAGUCCAGAAUGCGUUGCUGAUUUCCCCACAAGAGCUGGAGCAGAUUUGGAAGGAAAUGCGCAAUGUGGUGGGUUCUUUGUGAAAGAACAGCAGUGAGAAAAGCCGCAGGAACAUCCUCCCGGGUGCCUGGCGCCCUGACCCUGGGGGAGCUGCUCGCCUGGGCCUCAUUUCCCGCAGAGGGGGCCAUGCAGAGGAAGCUGGCAGGGGCCUGGCCCUCAGCCCGGCGACUUCAGACGGGACCCACGACUCUAUGAGUGCACAGCCCCUGAAGAUGAGCUCUUCCCCAACGAUGAAGCCUGGAAUGGUCCCCCCUCCGCCGGGAGAGGAAAGCCAGACCUUCGUCCUUCCACCGGGCUGGCAGAGCUACUUGUCCCCCCAGGGCCGGCGCUACUAUGUCAACACGGCCACCAACGAGACCACCUGGGAGCGUCCCAGCAGUUCUCCUGGGAUUCCAGCCAGCCCUGGCCCUCACCGGAGCUCUCUGCCUCCAACAGUGAAUGGAUACCACACGUCAGGGACCCCAGCGCACCCUCCCGAGACUGCCCACAUGAGUGUCCGAAAGUCCACCGGUGAUUCCCACCAGAACCUGGGAUCCUCGUCACCAGGCAAAAAGCAGAGCAAGGAAAACACCAUCACGAUAAACUGCGUGACCUUUCCUCACCCAGACACGAUGCCAGAGCAACAGCUGCUGAAGCCAACCGAGUGGAGCUACUGCGACUACUUCUGGGCGGAUAAGAAGGACCCGCAAGGCAAUGGCACUGUGGCUGGGUUUGAACUGCUGCUUCAGAAACAGCUGAAGGGCAAACAGAUGCAGAAGGAAAUGUCGGAGUUCAUCCGGGAAAGGAUAAAGAUUGAAGAAGAAUAUGCGAAGAACUUAGCCAAGCUGUCUCAGAACUCCUUGGCCGCACAGGAGGAGGGGUCCCUGGGAGAAGCGUGGGCGCAGGUGAAGAAGAGCCUUGCGGACGAGGCCGAAGUUCACCUCAAGUUCUCCGCCAAGCUGCACAGCGAGGUGGAGAGACCCCUGAUGAACUUCCGCGAGAACUUCAAGAAAGACAUGAAAAAGUGUGACCACCACAUCGCUGACCUCCGCAAGCAGCUCUCCAGCCGCUACGCCGCGGUGGAGAAGGCCCGGAAGGCCCUCACGGAGCGGCAGAGGGACCUAGAGAUGAAGACCCAGCAGCUGGAGAUUAAGCUGAGCAACAAGACAGAGGAGGACAUUAAGAAGGCGCGGAGGAAGUCCACGCAGGCAGGAGAUGACCUGAUGCGCUGUGUGGACCUCUACAACCAGGCCCAGUCCAAGUGGUUCGAAGAGAUGGUGACCACCACACUGGAGCUGGAGCGGCUGGAGGUGGAGAGGGUGGAGAUGAUCCGGCAGCACCUGUGCCAGUACACGCAGCUGCGGCACGAGACGGACAUGUUCAACCAAAGCACAGUCGAGCCUGUGGACCAACUGCUUCGAAAAGUGGACCCAGCCAAAGACCGGGAGCUGUGGGUCAGAGAGCACAAGACGGGCAACAUUCGCCCUGUGGACAUGGAGAUCUAGACAUGCGGCUGGGGGUCCUGCCGAGGAGGGGCUGGGGGCCCCACGGAGAGGAAGUGGCGCCCCUGCCGUGGGGGCUGCUGCCAGGCGGAGCCUCCCUCCCACCCGCUCUCCUGGUGCCCCGAGGAGAGGGGACAGUGAUGCCAGGAGGGCGGCCUGGACGGCCCCUUUGGGAGCUCUCCAUAGUUCCCAGGCCGAGGAGAUGGAACCACAGCCCUGCCCUUGUCUCCGAGGCUGAAGCCCCCUAAUCCUGUGCUGUGCUUGCCACUCCGAGAACAAACUGAGGCUGGAACUCUGGUCCCUGCUGAGCACCACAGGGUCCCCUCCCCACCCAGAGCCGGUUGUGUCACACGCUUGUGCCCCUGGAAGCCCCAAGGCCCCUCCUCCAGCUGGCCCCCCUGUCCCCAGGGCUUUGGAGGGGCAGGGGAGGGAGGUCUCUGUCUCAAAACCGAGUGUCAGGAUCGGAAUCAUGGAUAGAAGCCACCAUUCAGCUCAACAGCCCACACCCAGAAUCCUUUGCAACCCUCCUCUCUGAUUUUUCCCUGUUGCAUUCCGGGAGCCCACAUCCUGGCUCUUCUCUGCUCCUUUUCAUCAUUGGGAGUCUUGGGAAGAAGGCCUGGCCCCUGUCUUCCCAGACUGACCCAGCCUAGAGAGGUCAGGAUGGAACUACCUCACUCAGCAAAUCAGCCCCAAGUCGGAGCAUCAAAUCCUGUUUCCUAAUAGAUCAGGCAUCCUCUGUCAAGUCCCCUCUCUGGACAUCCCCGUCCACUCAACCUGCAGCCUCUUCCUCCAGGAAGCUCCCUCCUCCCACCCUUGCCCAUCCCAGGGGCUGGUUCAGUCCCACGAGGGAGAUGGGUGGGUGGGGUAAGUCUCUGUCACCCCCCAGAUGGCUCCACCUGCUUGUGCCCGGCGGGGUUGGGACCACUGUCCUUUGUGUGGCUUUCACUGGUGGGUACCAUGCAGGCACCGUAGACCCUCAAGUCCACAGUACAUGUCGCCUUCCAGGCAGUCGGCCGCCUCGGCCUCUCAGCCCCUUCUGCACGUUCCAGAGCCCUGCACGGAGCCCCUGCUUGGCGCUGGUACCAUCCUGCCCUUUCCCCGCCUCCCGAUUCCUGGAGAAGCCUGGGAUGAGUGUGACCUGGGAAGCUUUUGGCCCUGUCUCACUCAUCACUUUCUCCCUUUACAGAACCACAGCAAACACGUUCUCCGCCAUGUUAAAUCUUGAGACUCAGCUCAGGGGGACCAGAAGAAGAAAGGGGCUGAGGGAGGUCACACUGCUAGCAAAGGGCAGAUUUCUAGCCUGGAACCUGUGUCCUGAAAACCCAUCUUUCUUGUUAAGCUUUCCUGUUGAUUACUUUGGAUGUACAGAUCCCAUACGUCCCCCAAAGGGCAGAAGUCAAAGAGCACAAAUCACUGGUCUUUCUCUCCGUCUUACGUGCUGGUAACUGAUGACUCGUUAAUCUUCUCUCUCAUUGAGUCAGAAUGGCGCCGCCAUAGUUUAUCACAGAAAAGAUGCCAAAUAUCCUACAGCAAACCAAGCUCGGCCACUUUUAUUAAAACGUCCCAACCAGAAAGCUCACCAUGAAGGCCUUCAAGGCGAAGGCCUGCAGGACGGGUCUGUGUGUCUGGUGCGGAGAACCACUCCUUCCAGGUGUGAGGUUGGGCCGUGACACCAGCUGUCAGUUUGGGGAUAUAUAUUCCUUGGUUUCUUUCAAAAAAAAAUGGGUGCUAGUAGCAGUCGCUUUGUGGCUUGGUAAACUAAUUUGUGGAUGGUUUUUAAACAUUCAAAGCCAGUAGCCUUGUUAUUAACACAGAUAUUUUGAGUGUGAUGUGGCUCGUGGAUUUUGUUUCCUCCUUCCCAUCUGAGGAUUCCAGAGCCUUCUGUUCUUCCCUGGACCUCUCUUGCCUCUUCCAGGGCAGCCCGGGCUGGCCCAGUGCGGGCCAGUCUGCGUUCUGAAGUCAUUUCUUCCGCCUCAUCCCCUCCCCUUGGUCUCAUUAGCUCCUCCACAUACUUCUUUUCCUUUUUCCUUCCCUCCUUCAUUCAUCAUCAAGCAUUUAGCUAAGUCUGGGCCAUGUGCUAAGAUCUGAGGACAAGAAGUGGCCCUAUCAUCAGGGAAGCCCACGAUCUCUUGUUUUGUGUGGACUUGUCUUUCUCCAGGGCCCUGCGGCUCGGUGACCUUGGCCUUCACACAUGGGCACCCUGUGCAGUUUUGGUUUGCCGCGAUACUGUCUGUUGCGCUGACAGCUCUCUGUCCAUUCAUUCACUCCUUCAUCCUAUUACUCGGCAGACACUUGGGGCGAGCCAGGCGUUGUGUGGGUGCGUACAGGACAGGCACUCCCCACGUCCCCUCUGUUCUCCACGUGGACAGGGGGAUGUUCAGACCCUCCUGGAGAAGAACAACUUUGCACCCUUCCGCAUUUAACCUACGGGGAGCCUGUACUCGUCAUACAAACUACUGCCACGUGGCAUUUCCCCAAGGACGGAAAAGCCAGACCCUCACAGCUCACAUCCAACUCGUAUUUCAGAGAUUUCCUUUCCCCUCGCUUUACAAAGAGGAAGAAUGAAACCCAAGGAUGGCCACUGAGAGCCAUGAAGUGAGUGGUGAUUUACAAGCUGGGCUGGAGCUGAAGGUCCAGGCCCCUGUUCCAGUGUUAACAGGGCUCCGCCUCUGGGCGAAAUCGAGAUUUGGAUGAAGUCUGGAAUAUCUGAAGGGGCGCUUCGGCGUGGCGCUCUGCGGUUUCAGUUUAGUUUGGUUGGGUUUCUGUUUUGGUGUUUAGGUUAUAAGGGGGUUUGCCUGGCUUUAAUCAGAGUGAGCCGCUCCGGGUUAUUCUUGAGCACAUCCAUGGUUCCCUUCCUGAGAGCAGGUGAGCCUCUCCUACCUGCCUCUGCCUGGGAGACAUGGGUGCUGCUUCGUUUUGUUGUGAAAACCUGACGGUUUAAAAACAUAGUCUCUAAGACAAAAGUGAGCUGGUUGCCGUGACAGCCUGAACCACAGAGACGGCUGUGCUGAGGGUCUGCCACGGGACCCCUCUGGGCUCCUUUCUACUCCAGCCGACGCCUGUUGGCCGGGAUAGGGUUGCGUUUCUGCGGGAGGAGACACUUAUCCCCACGGUGGGGCUGAUUAACGCCUAAAGCAAACAGAAGCUGUGUACACAUUCAGGAACCAGGGGUUUGCUUCUACUCCCUUUGUGAAAACCAGUCCAUUCCUAGAUUAGGGGAUGGGUGCAUAGAGAUCUUGGCAGAGCCAAAGUCCCUUCUUGGAAAUACAAGCCAUAAAAUUCAAAGGACGUCAAAGACCUCGGCUUGUUUAAGUGAUUUUGCUUCCUGCUGUGAGUGGCCUUGACAAGGAGCGUUUAAACAGGCUCCUGCAGACCUGCUGGGGAUGAUGUAGGUAGGGGAAGCACUGGACAGAUGCUAGGUGGGGGACAGACCAGCAGCACGCAGCCUUAGCCAGCGUGCAGUCUCGUUCCCACAUCCUCCCCACCCCGACAAGAGCCACUGCCUUUUCUUCUUCCAGGUUUAUUGAGGUAUUUAAUGUACAGUACUGGAAGUUUACUGACAUACAGUAAAGUUCGCCCACUUGAAGUAUAUGGGUCAAUGAAUUUGGACAAAUUUAUGCAGUCUUGUAACCACCACCAAAAUCAACACAUUUCCAUCACUCCCAGAAAUGCCUUCAGGCGUCUUUGAUGUCGAUCCCCUCCUCCCAGCCCCAGCGCCAGGCAGACACUGAUGGAUUUUGUGACUCUGGAGUUCUGCCUUUUCCAGAACGUCCUAAAAGUGGAGUCACACUGAUGCAGCCUUCAAGUCUGGCUUCCUUCACUCAGCUUGAUGCCUCUAAGUCACCGCGUUGUGUGUCAGUAGUUGGUUCCCUCGCAUCUCCGUCUCCAAGCUGUCUUCCGUCCGUUGCCUGGGGGCACCCACUGCUUCCUUGCUUUUAAAACGAGUUGUUUGUCCCCAGAGUCCCCAGCCCAGGCUCUCCAGCUUGUUUGUAAGACUACUUCCACCUGUUGUGCCCACGAGUGGUUCUUGGGGCUCACACUUGCUUAUGGGGUUCAUUUUAGGUUUCUGACGAUGCAAAAAGUGGCCAGGGGUCGGGACAGGAUCUGGCAGGGUCUCCGCUACACCCUGAAGCUUGUAUCUCAGCUGGCAGAUCCACUAGCUCCCGGGGACCCUCCCCUCCCUUCAACCCGCACAGUCCCAGCCAUCUGUUGAGCGUUAGAGGGUGAAGAUGGAGGCAGCGUGGAUGAGACGGCAGGGGGCUCACCAACCUUUCCUGGGUCUCUGCUGUUAACACUGUUCAGGCUCUCGGUGUGAUCCCCAGGGUCGUGACCCCUCCAAGCCAUAUCUUGAUUGUGCCCUGCUCAGUGAAAGGUGAACCCCGGAAAGCAACCAGGCACCUCUCCUAGCAAAUGGAAGGCAUUCCUGGGUCCAGGCCGGGUGAGGGUGUGGGUCAUGGAGCUCAGGUCUCAGGGUCCCAUGUUGCUAGGAUGCUUCUGGGUUGAAUUUUCCCCUUCAUCCCCCCGGAGCACUCUGUCUGGCCUUUCCUGAAGGUGAGGGACCCAACUCUUUCCUGAUUUGGGUGAGAAUAAGCAGGGGACAGAGCCCAUGUUCCGUCUCCCCUGAGCCUCCAGAUGCUGGGGCGUGGCUGCGUGGAGCCCUGGUCGGGAGGCACCUCUGAGGGAGAGGGGUUGUGACACCCUUGCACCUCUGAAUGCUGUUCAGGGGAACGGACCCUUUGGUGUCUGAGGGAAGUUCCUAACGGGACUGCAGUGGGGGAGGCAGGCAGGCACCUGGGUGCUCUGAUGCGGGCAGUGUGACAUGGGGACGAGGAAGGGAAGGAGGUACCCGGGCAAGGGCACCGACUGGCCCCAUUCUGCUGUCUCAUUUGUCCUGUAACCUGAAGUUAAGCCACGUCCCCUCCUGGGACCUCUGUUCUCUGCCUAGUGGAGGUGCUCCGCACCCAGCGUCGCGAGCCGCAGCAGCCGGCUCUCGGGACCGUGGCCUCCGGGCAGCCAGGUGGACCCAGGGACUGUCAUUCAAAGGGACACCAGCCAUCCUUGGUGACAGGGGCCCCACAGCUGCAUCUCUGCCCUUCCCUUAGGAAGGAGAUGAUGGGGGUGGGGGGCAGCCCUUUCACAGACGCGAGCACAUCAGCAAACCCCAUGACAAACCCCACGAACGUGGGAUUUUCUAACAGACUUGCUUGUUUGCUGUUUUCUGUAACUUUUGCUAAAUACUUUAUACAUU